AUGUCAAUGGCUAAAACCACCCCAAACCGCCACGUUGCGGUGCUUGCAUUCCCAUUCGCCUCCCACGCAAGCCUUCUCCUAGGCCUUCUCCGCCGCCUGGCCACUGCGGCCCCGGCGGUGACAUUUUCAUUCUUUAGCACAGCCAAAUCCAACCGUUCAUUGUUCUCGGCACCAACCCCAGAAAACAUCAAGCCCUACGACGUGUCUGAUGGUGUCGCAGAGGGGUAUGUGUUUGCCGGGAGACCACAGGAGGACAUUGAAUUGUUCCUCAAGGUGGCGCAGGAGGAGUUCAGAAAAGGUGUGGCGGAUGCUGAGGCGGAGAUAGGGAGGAGAGUCGGCUGCUUGGUGGCCGACGCGUUUCUGUGGUUUUCCGGCGAGUUGGCGGAGGAGAUGGGUAUUCCAUGGGUGCCGCUUUGGACUUCUGGUGCUUCUUCGCUGUCCAUUCAUUUUUACACCGACUUCAUCAGGGACACCUUUGGAGGGACCAGCACUGCAGGACGUGAAGAUGAAAUCCUUACAUUCAUUCCUGGAUUUUCUGAACUACGCCUUGGAGAUUUGCCUAGUGGGGUCCUCUUUGGAAACUUGGAAUCACCCUUCUCAAUCAUGCUACACAAAAUGGGUCAAAUCCUCCCCAAAGCAAAGGCAUUGCUCANUUUUGAAUUGACUCUCGGGCCACCAAGAAAAUACAUACACUCAGGUAUACCCACCAUGUCAAUGGCUAAAACCACCCCAAACCGCCACGUUGCGGUGCUUGCAUUCCCAUUCGCCUCCCACGCAAGCCUUCUCCUAGGCCUUCUCCGCCGCCUGGCCACUGCGGCCCCGGCGGUGACAUUUUCAUUCUUUAGCACAGCCAAAUCCAACCGUUCAUUGUUCUCGGCACCAACCCCAGAAAACAUCAAGCCCUACGACGUGUCUGAUGGUGUCGCAGAGGGGUAUGUGUUUGCCGGGAGACCACAGGAGGACAUUGAAUUGUUCCUCAAGGUGGCGCAGGAGGAGUUCAGAAAAGGUGUGGCGGAUGCUGAGGCGGAGAUAGGGAGGAGAGUCGGCUGCUUGGUGGCCGACGCGUUUCUGUGGUUUUCCGGCGAGUUGGCGGAAGAGAUGGGUAUUCCAUGGGUGCCGCUUUGGACUUCUGGUGCUUCUUCGCUGUCCAUUCAUUUUUACACCGACUUCAUCAGGGACACCUUUGGAGGGACCAGCACUGCAGGACGUGAAGAUGAAAUCCUUACAUUCAUUCCUGGAUUUUCUGAACUACGCCUUGGAGAUUUGCCUAGUGGGGUCCUCUUUGGAAACUUGGAAUCACCCUUCUCAAUCAUGCUACACAAAAUGGGUCAAAUCCUCCCCAAAGCAAAGGCAUUGCUCAUAAACUCCUUUGAAGAACUAGACCCCCCCUUAACGAAAGACCUCAAAUCAAAGUUCCAAAAUUUCCUCAAUAUUGGCCCCUUCAACGUUAACUCACCACCACCCUCCUCAAAUUCCGAUGAUCACGACUUGUACCUGUGGUUGGACAAGCAGAAACCAACGUCCGUAGUGUAUAUCAGCUUCGGAACCGUCGCUAUGCUGCCGCCACCGGAGCUGAAGGCGUUAGCUGAGGCACUUGAAGCAAGUGGUACUCCAUUUAUUUGGUCACUUAAAGACAAUUUAAAAAUUCAUUUACCAGAAGGUUUCGUGGAAAGGAUGAAAGAGAAUGGGAAAAUAGUGCCAUGGGCACCCCAAGCUAUUCCUGUUGGUGUGCCUAUUAUUUGCAGGCCUUUUUUUGGGGAUCAGCAGCUAAAUGCAUGGAUGGUUGAAAAGGUGUGGAAAAUUGGUUUGAGGGUUGAGGGUGGGGUGUUCACAAAAGAUGGUAUAGUGAAGGCCCUUGACUUGGUUUUGGGUCAGGAAAAAGGGAAGAAAUUGAGGGAGCAAAUUGGAGUGUUCAGAGAGCUUGCUCUAAAGGCUGUUGGGCCAAAUGGGAGCUCAUCUGAGAAUUUCAAAACUUUGGUAGAGGUGAUCACAACUAGCAACCUUUAA